GGAAGACAGAUCCAGAUCGAUGAGACCGAGGUAAAGAACCACCAUCGAACUUCGUGGGAGCAGUUUGUUUCGUUGUUUUUUUCUUUUUCUUCUCACCUUUAAGCCUCAUUACGCGCACUGAUCAUCCUGCUCUCCAAACCAAGAAGAUGCCCAAAUCCUCACCUUGCGUAUUCCCAUGGUCCUCCCUGUGGCUGGCAUCUUUGGCUACUUUGGUGGUGCAGUCGGUACUCUCUUCCUCCUACUCUUCUUCUUCUACAUAUCCGAGACCUGCAACCGGUGGGAAGCGACCGGGCUUCAUGGAGAGGACGCUGAUUCUCCUGGAUGUCAACACUCGCAGUCCGAUAAGAGUGCUCAACGACAACUUCCUUUCUUUGCAGCUUGACCCCUCGAUCAUCAAAGACGGCUGGCUGGACUUUCUGAGCUCCAAGCGGCUCGUGACCCUGGCGCGCGGCCUGUCGCCAGCCUUCCUGCGUUUCGGCGGAAAGCGGACCGACUUCUUGCAGUUCAACAACCAGAAGAACCUCGCCAAGUUCCGAGGACCAGGACCAGACUACUAUCUGAAGAACUACGAAGACGAUAUCGUGCGCAGUGACAUUGCACUGGACAAACAGAAGGGCUGCAAACUUGCCAACCAUCCUGACAUAAUGUUGGAGCUGCAGCGGGAGAAAGCUGCCACCACGCAGCUCGUCCUGCUGAAGGAGCAACUGUCCAACAUCUACAGCAACAUUACAAUAACAGCCAGGUCUUUAGACAAACUGUACAACUUUGCCGACUGUGCCGGUCUGCACCUGAUCCUGGGACUCAACGCGUUGCACAGAAACCCAGACAACUCCUGGAACACCUCCUCCACCCUGAGCCUCCUGAAGUACGGUGCCGGCAAGAAGUACAACAUCUCUUGGGAGCUGGGCAAUGAGCCUAAUGCCUACCGCAGCAUGGUGGGUCGCGCGGUCAACAGCACCCAGUUAGCUCAGGACUACAACAAGCUGCGGACCCUGCUGCAGUCUGUGCGUUACUACCAUCGAGCUCACCUCUACGGACCCAACGCAGGACGACCCCGGAAGAACGCCAUUCUGCUGCUGGAUGGGUUCAUGAAGAAUGCUGGCUCUGUUGUAGAUGCAGUUACGUGGCAACAUUACUACAUGGAUGGCAGAGUGAACAAAGUGGAGGACUUCCUAAAAACUCGACUAUUGGACACACUAACAGAACAGAUCACUAAAGUCACCAAGGUUGUGAACACACAUACUCCUGGUAAGAAGGUGUGGCUGGGUGGACUGGGGCCAGCUUGGGCAGGAGGCAUCAGUAACCUCUCUGACACAUAUGCUGCUGGAUUUCUGUGGGUGAACACGCUGGGCAUGGCUGCUAUGCAGGGGAUUGAUGUUGUCUUGCGUCACUCAUUCUUUGACUAUGGAUACACACACCUUGUGGACCAGCACUUUAACCCUUUACCUGAUUACUGGUUCUCUCUGGUCUUCAAGCGUCUGGUUGGUCCAAGGGUAUUAGCUGUGCGGGUGGCUGGACUACAGAGGAAGCCGCAACCAGGACGAGUCAUACGAGAUAAACUACGUAUCUACGCCCACUGUACCAGCUACUACAAUCAUAACUAUGUGAGAGGGUCCAUAACAAUCUACAUCAUCAACCUGCAUCGGUCGCGAAAGAAAAUCAAGCUGGCGGGGACGUUACGGAACAAUACAGUCCAUCAGUACCUGCUGCAACCCUACGGCACUGACGGACUCAGAGCCAAAUAUGUCCAGCUGAAUGGGGAGAAGCUGCUCAUGGUGGACAAUGAGACAUUCCCAGAGUUAAAGCCCAAGACGCUGAGGGCUGGACGGACAAUAGCCAUGCCUCCAAUGACUAUAGGCUUUUAUGUCAUCAAAAACAUUAACGCAUAUGCCUGCCGAAGAUAACAUUGACCCUUCAUCCCUGAGAUAUACAGGAGGCUUAGAAAUCUACCAAACCACCAACCCUCUGCAAGCUUGACCCAAAGCUUAAAAACAAUGUCUUUUCAUUGUUUUUCACCUUUCUGAAAACACAGGGAGGUCAAAACACCUAUUUUUUGUGUCUUGCUCAUGGACACUUCAGUAGAGUGGAAACUUGUCUUGAAUCCAGUACAAUCCUCUGGUUUAUCAACAGCAUCUACAGCCAUCAUUUCAUUUAAACCACUCUACCAAAUUACAAAUAAACCCAGCCCUUUCCUCGUUCUCUACUCUGGUCCAACAAAAAAAAAAGACUUGCCCAAGUUGCAUAAAAAGGGCUGCACUGAACACUUUUCGAAUUUUUUCACCAGGAAUUCCUCAUAUGCUACAAGACUUGUACGGACAGUGAUUGUACCUUUGUAUGAAGUUUGUAGUUACAAAGUGUAAUAUCAAAAAAGUUCACAUUCUUUGACUUGAUUAAGCUAUAUUUUCCUUCUCUUGGACUGUCACAUCAAGAGUGUGUCUGCCAAAAGACUUCCUUUUUUUAUUUUCUUUAACUGACUGACAGACAAAAAGUAUGAAAGAAAACUCUGAACAGGCUGAAACUUCCACAAGUCAACUUCAGUUUGACUUGAUCCUUUCCACAAAGAGAAAACGCAGUGGUGUGUGCAAGGUCAUGCCUGGACUAACCAAGUUCUGUGUGUGUGUAUAUGUGUGUGUGUAUGCAUGUGUUUUAUUGAUCAAGCUACUGAUGUGUCUGUCUAGUCUGUUUGACAUGCCGCUGCAAGUUUCUCCCAUUGCCAUAUCAAGUGGCUUAAAGGGAAAAUCUGUUUCUUUUAAAGGCUGUUUUUGUAUGUUCUGUGUAUCGUUGCUUCUCUGCUGCAGGUUUGAAUCAGUUUAACUGCCGAGUACGAUAGCCAGGAUGUGUAGCUGCUGGUGUUGUUUUCAGCUAUGGAGAACAACGUCAACCCAUCCAUAACAUCUGUCCUCACAUAGCCUGCAUCAACGCAAAAUCUGGUUUUGCUUUAAAUUCUAAAAUAGCCGUUUUUCAGGUGUAUUUGAAACUUUACUCACUUCCUUCAGUGUGAUCUCACAUUUUAUAAUCCUCUUAUGCUGCUAGGGUUUUUUGUAUUAAAUAUACAUUAUAUAUUUUACAUAAUUUUGUACAGAUUUACUGUCAUAUAUUGUUAGAUAAUGUAUUGUACAUAACAAAAGACUGAUGAAAAGAAGUGAUUUAAGAUUGAUAUGUUUACUUACAUAAAGUGUACACCUAAUUUAUAUAAUUAAAUACUUCUGUUUUUAUAUUUCUAUUAUAAAAGACCCAGUUAUGUUACUGGUACUAAUGUCCCGACUUUAAAGCAAAAUCAAAAAUAAUUUUAAGAAUGUAUGCAUUGAAUAAUGGGGUGACAGAGUGACCGUGUUAAGAUGCAACUGUUAGCGCAAGACAAUGUUUUUGCAAGGAUCUUACGAUGGUUUAUGGUUCAUAACCCGUCUUUCACAUCAUUUAUUUUAGUUUUAUUUCAUAUUAUUUUAUGUUUUGUUCUCUAGACUAAAACUACAGAGCGAGUAAAAACAUUGCCUGGAGGGAUUUGGACAUGUUGCUUAUUAUGUGCUCUGAAAUGACAUGAAUAAGAACAAUGAUUAACAUUUCUAGACUCUUAACAUGGUGGCAGAUCAGCAGGAACAGGUUCAGUGCCUGAGCAUAUUAAAUAUAAAGAAUAUUUGUCCUCUGAAUGUGUUUAUAGUUAAUGUAGAGAUGUUCAUAUUUCUUUUGGAGAGCAUUAUUUUAAUAUGUAAAGUGUGCCUAUAUAUUAUUUUUUGUUAAAAAAAAAAGUUUACAUUGAUA